AUAUCAAACAAUAAUAAAAGGGGAAUAAGCUCAAAGGAGAAGCUGUCCACGUCGGAUUAAUAAUUCAGACCAAUCAUAGAGUUGUAUUGUGCCAUGUCAUCUAUUCCUCACACGUCAAAAAUAAAUCUGAUUACAUCGACUUCAUCUUCCUCCUUUUCCUCGAAGAAACCCAGCCGUUUCACCUCUUCUCCUCUGUAACGUUAAAAUUGUGACUCAUAAAGCUUUAUCAUUUAGUUUAAUCACUAUAUAAUCUACCUCUUCACAUCCUAUUUUGCUGAGGAGAAGAAGAACUACGACGUAGAAUCUAUAUUUCCCCGGUCAUACCAAUGUCAUCAACUCUGGAUCUAGUGGUUCGAGGUUCUUGAUGGAUUGCUUGGGAAGCACUGGAGGAAUGUCGGCAACAUAUAUUUACAUAAAUGACAAUCUGGAUAAGAGGACAUGGACAUACAUAUUUGGGGCAUGUUGUGCAACCACAGUCUUCAUCCAUUCCUUCCACAACUACAGGGUUUGGUCUUUUCUUGGACUCUUGAUGACCACUUACACUGCUUGGUACCUCACCAAUGCCUCCAUCCUCCAUGGUCAGAGAAAUAAUGCAUGCGAUGUGGAAGCCGCAGAAGUAUACGUCUAUUUACCUGUUUGCGACUCUGUACGUUCUGACGCGGACGCUGCCUUCUGCGUCUGCGGUAUAUUGAGCGUUUGGCGAUUUGCUUCUAAACCAUUCAAAUGCAUUCACUCUCCUUCCAAAGAACCUUUUCCGCGACUUUGCAGUGGUGCUCAUGCUCAUCCACCAAUUCAUCACGUUUGGGUUCGCCUGCACGCCUCUAUACUUCGUGUGGGAGAAGCUGAUAGGCAUGCACGAGUGCCAGAGCAUGUGCAAGAGAGCCGCCGCGAGGCUUCCUGUGGUUAUACCCAUCUGGUUUCUGGCAAUCAUAUUCCCUUUCUUCGGUCCCAUUAACUCCACCGUGGGAUCACUCCUCGCCAGCUUCACCGUCAACAUCAUCCCUGCGGUGGCUCACAUCUUCACCUUCCGCUCAUCCGCUGCACGUGAGAACUCAGUGGAGCAGCCGCCGAGGUUUCUAGGAAGGUGGACAGGAGCUUUCACCAUCAACGCAUUCAUUGUGGUGUGGGUGUUCAUAGUUGGAUUUGGGUUUGGUGGUUGGGCCAGUAUGAUAAAUUUUGUUCACCAGAUUGACACAUUCAGACUUUUCACGAAAUGCUACCAGUGUCCUCCACCGGUAAUGGCUUCACCUCCUCCGAUCAGUCAUCCUCAUGUCAACCACACUCAUAGCCUUUGAGCAACAAUGAGCAGACACGGUUGGUGUAUUCCAAGGAGAUAGAUUUGGGUUCGUUUGUUUAGAUCUUUACCAAGGCUCUUUGAUUUUCAAUUUUAGUCGUCAAGUUUUACUAUCGUCUUUCAUGUUUGGAAAUUAACGUGGACAACAUCGUAUCUUUUUUUGGUCAAAAGGAUAACAUCGCCCAAAA